UUACCUCAUCAAUGAGGCAAACUCAAAUAUUUGCAAAAGCAUAAACUACAAAUAACUUCUGUUAUGGGGAAUGGAUGCUCCACUUUCUCAUUUUCCAAUCAAAUCCUUUUUAUUAACCUACCUUCAACAUUAACCAUUCAUCACAAAUUCAAUUCUUUCAACAAUCAUCCCGCUUUUCCAAUUCAUUCCCACUUCUCGAAUCUCAACAGCAUAUUUAUAUCUCAAUCCCCACCUUCUCUUCCUUUAAAAUCUAGCAAAAUUGAUUCAUUAGAAACCCAACAACAAAUGUCUCAAGAACCCAUCUUUAAUCUUCAUGAUAUUAAUCCCAUUUUGCUUCAGAAUUUGACUAAUGAUGCACUUGUUUGGUCUUCUCUUCAUGGACUUGUGGUUGGAGAUAGAACUGUUCAGAAAUCAGGAACUGUUCCUGGGGUUGGAAUGGUUCAUGCCCCAUUUUCUUUAAUUCCUGCAUUAUUCUCUGAGGAUCACUUCAGGGAAGCCUGUGAAUUAGCACCUAUUUUCAAUGAGCUUUUUGAUCGUGUGAGUUUGGAUGCUAAGUUUCUCCAAGAUUCAUUAUCGAGAACCAAGGAAGUGGAUGAAUUUACUUCACGAUUGUUAGAUAUUCAUUCGAAGAUGAUUGAUAUGAAUAAGAAAGAGGAAAUACGCUUAGGCUUACAUCGCUCAGAUUACAUGCUUGACGCACAAACCAAGUCACUUCUCCAAAUAGAGUUUAAUACAAUCUCAUCUUCAUUUUGUGGACUUACUUGCCUUGUCAGUGAACUUCACAGGACUCUGCUUAGUCACUAUGGAAGCCAGCUUCAAUUAGACUUCAAAAAGGUCCCUGAAAAUUUUGCUGUUCAUCAGUUUGCAAAAGCAUUAGCUGAAACUUGGCGAGAGUACAAUAAUCCGAGGGCAGCUGUUCUAGUUGUGGUUCAACCUGAGGAACGCAACAUGUAUGACCAGCUUUGGCUUUCUACAGUAUUGAAGGAAAGACAUGGUGUUGCAUCUAUCAGAAAAACAUUGGCAGAAAUUGAUGCAGAGGGAGAGUUGUCACCUGAUGGAACGCUUAUUGUAGGUGGGGAAGCAAUUGCAGCUGUGUAUUUUAGAGCUGGUUACACACCUACUGAUUAUCCUUCUGAGUUGGAAUGGAGAGCUAGGCUGUUGAUGGAACAGUCGUCUGCUGUGAAAUGUCCUUCCAUUGCCUAUCAUUUAGCUGGUAGCAAGAAGAUUCAGCAGGAGCUUGCAAAACCUGAUGUACUCGAAAGGUUCCUCGAUAACAAAGAGGAAAUAGCCAAACUUCGUAAAUGCUUCGCGGGCCUGUGGAGUUUAGAUGAUACCGAAGUUAUUUCAGAUGCAAUUGAAAGACCUCAGUUAUACGUUAUGAAACCACAGAGAGAGGGAGGAGGAAACAACAUUUAUGGAAAUGAUAUGAGGGAAGCACUUUUAAGAAUACGAAAGGAAGGAUCGGAAGAGGAUGCUGCAUACAUCCUCAUGCAAAGGAUUUUUCCAUCUGUUUUUCCUGCCCUUCUGGUACGAGAAGGCAUUUGUUAUAAAGAUCAUGCUAUAUCGGAGCUUGGAAUUUAUGGUGCUUAUUUAAGAAGCAAAGAGAAGAUUAUCAUGAAUGAGCAAUGUGGGUACUUGAUGCGGACUAAGGUUUCUUCUUCAGACGAGGGCGGGGUUGCAGCUGGUUUUGCUGUCUUAGACAGUAUAUAUCUAGCUUGAGAGCUCGAAGAGAAAAAAAAUCAUGAUUUCUGAAAUUCGGCAUUUACAGAUGCAUUGAUAGCUCUUUUGGCUAGACCGUGAAGGUAAAACAAGAUCGUGGCUCCAAAUAGAGAAAUUAGUGGUAUUGCAAAAUGCAGGGAGAUGAAUCCAAAUCAUUGUCAAAUUAAUUUAAAGUUUUUGUUUUUGAUGUCAUUAGUUACAAUGUUUUUAGGUUCCAUUUAUUACACAAGGCAUAGUAAAGAAAGCAUGGAACUCUUGGCUUAAAUUUCACUCCCUAGACAAUUUAUUUGUUAAGAACACAUCAUCCUUCUUGUUCCUCAUAGCUUUCAUCCCACAUAUGGGGUUUAGCUACAUGAAUACAUUAAUAUAAAUUAUUUAUAUGCAUUCCAUUUAUAUUUUCCGUGUAGCUACGUCUUAUUAUCUUUCUCGAGCUGAGGGACUCCUUUGGUCGCGCUCUCCUUUAUAGGUAUGAGUUGCCGCCGUCCUUCCUUUUCCAGACCCUGUCCAUAGUUAAUCUAU